GACACGCGCUUGCUGUGAUGCCCGGUGGUGUGGUUGCAUAGGAACUACGGGCGCGCGGGUGAAAGCGCAUCCAACGCGCGCUUCGCUUCCCAGUCGCCGUCGCGGUUAUACAGAGCAGGCGGUAACGACGCUACGGAAAAGGGACACACAAAGGCGUGCCUGGGUGUUUUUUAAUGCACGUUUUCCCCAAAAUAAAGGAGACAUUUUUUGUUUCAUCUGAACAACGCAAUGCGCCUUUAGUUCCAAGUCUGCUACUGAAGAAGGAACGGCUAACAUGUGUUCCUCAGGUGUGUGUGUGCGGAGAGGUUGAGUUGAGGUCUCGUGCCCCUGCCCCCUCUCCUGCCCCCUGGUGACCGGUGCCCAGUGCUGCGUCUGAUGAGCAUGCCCAGUGUGCGUCGGGCAUGCCAGAGGCGUCCGGUUGGUGCCGGUUGUUGCCGGCGUGGCUCCUGCUGCCCAGUCUGGUCCUGAUGGCCGUGUGCUCGCCGCACGCCGCCACCGUUGCCGCGGGAACCGCCUGCGCGCCGCGCUGCUACUGCUCGGAGGCGGACGAGGGCAAGACGGUGCGCUGCAGCCACCUGCGCCUCACCCGCGUGCCCACGGGCAUCCCCAACGACACGCGCCGCCUCUACCUGGACUACAACCAGCUGCCGUCGCUGCCCACCGACGCCUUCCUGGGGCUGCCGCUGCUGGCCGAGCUGGACCUAUCCCAUAAUGAGCUGGCCGUGCUGGAGCCCGGAGCCUUCCGCGGCCUGGCGCCCUCGCUCAAGUUCCUGGACCUGUCGUCCAACCGGCUGGCCACGUUAAACCCGGAGGCGUUCGAGGGGCUGACGGCGCGCUCCAACCUGACGGGCAACCCGUGGCACUGCGACUGCGCCCUGCAGAGCACCCUGCCGCAGCUGGACCUGGAGCCCGUCUCGCUGACGGGCAUCGUGUGCCACACGGCGGACCCGGCCGAGUCCGGCGCCAAGGGCCAGGCGCUGCUGCUGACCAAAGAGCUGGACCUGUGCGUGCUGCUGAAGAAGACCACGGACGUGGCCAUGCUGGUCACCAUGUUCGGCUGGUUCACCAUGGUCAUCUCCUACCUGGUCUACUACGUGCGCGCCAACCAGGAGGACGCCCGGCGGCACCUGGAGUACCUCAAGUCGCUGCCCAGCCGCCAGGGCAAGUCCGAGGAGUCGUCCACCAUCAGCACGGUGGUGUGAGCGAGCCGAGCCGGGCCGGGCCGAGCCGCGCCGCGCAGGACAGGGCAGCCGGACGCAGAGAGAAGGACACAUAAUAUACGCACGCAGCAGGCUAGCAGGCAAACAGGAAACAGGAAACAGGAAGUGCAGGUUGACGAACGCAGAUGGGCAGGCCCCCUUCUGUUGGUGUGUGUGUGUACAGAGCUGGGCUGUAGAGGGGUCGCAAAGCUGAGAGCAGACCAACCCCCCCUAUGCUGUCUCCACAGGCAGCACUGGCCAGUAGACAGCAGACCUACCCCGGGGUGGGCAGGGAGUUACGAGGGCCUGACUAGAGGGCACUGACCACAGCAGGGAACAACCUCUGAACCCUGACCUCCGACCCUGUGGGUGAGGGUACAGUGAGGGGGCAGGUCUGACCAUGGGAGGGCAUUAGGUGGAUGGAGGAGGGCUAUAGAAGACAGGGGGCAGUUGAAGGCAGAGGGCUAUAAAAUGCAAAGGGCAGUAGAAUGCAGAGGAGUGUAGGGAGGCUAUAGAACAGAGAGGGCUAUGUAAGAGGCAGUAGAAUGCAGAAGGCUCUAUAACACAGAGGCAGUAGAAUGCAGAGGGCUAUAACACAGAGGGCAGUAGAAUGCAGAAGGCUAUAUAACAUAGAGGGCAGUAGAAUGCAGAAGGCUAUAUAACAUACUGUAAGAGAGCAGUAGAACGCAGAGGGCAGUAGAACGCUGUGGGCAGUAGAAUGCAGAGCAAUCUUUUGGAAGGCCAGGAGAUGCGGUAGCCAGUUGGUAAUGUAGCUAAGCUGUAAAUGGAUAUAGUGGUAAGCUGUAAGAGGUUGUGCUCAGUCAGCAAAGGACGCAGUGAAAAAGAAGGCUGCAAGCUAUUAGCAUAGUAUAGCAAUAGCAUAAAGAUAUGUUAGCAUAGCGUAGCAUAGAAUAGCAUAGCACAGCAAUGUAGUACAAUUUAGUAUAGUAUAGUAUAGCAGUGCAGUACAGUUUAGCAUUGUAUAGUAUUGAAGGUAGCUAGCUGGUAGUUGGUAUAGACUGCAGAGUUAGAGGGAGGUUUAUGUGAUGCAGAGGCUAUGAGAUGCAGAGUUAAAAUGCUGUAGGCUGUAGUGUGUAGUGGCCGGUUAGUGUGAACUGCCCUGUGAGAAUGGCAUCUGUGAGACACAGCAGUGUGUAGGUAAUAUAAACUGUCCGGUUUAAAUGAAGACUGUUUGACAGGAGUGGUUAGUAUGAACUGCCCAAUGUGAGACUCGAGUGGUUAGUAUGAGCUGCCCAAUCAGACACAAGAGUGGUUAAUGCUUAGUAUGAGCUGCCUAAUCAGACACAGGAGUGGUUAAUGGUUAGUAUGAACUGCCCAAUCAGACACAGAAGUGGUUAGUGGUGAGUAUGAGCUGCCUAAUCAGACACAGGAGUGGUUAAUGGUUAGUAUGAACUGUCCAAUCAGACACAGAAGUGGUUAGUGGUUAGUAUGAGCUGCCCAAUCAGACACAGGAGUGGUUAGUGUGAGACACAGGGGUGGUUAGUGUUGUCUGCGGCUCUGUCAGGGAGAGGAGGAGGAAAUCGGCCGGCAAUCUAAUCUAAUGGAGAUGAAUAAUUGAUCUGGGAGUGGCCCCGUUUCUCCUCCGCGAGCAGGCAGAGUGACCGGCCCGUCCACUUACACAGGAGAGGAAGAGAGGGAAAGAGAAGAAAAGAACAGGAGGGAUGCAGAGAGAGGCGAAAGAAAGAUCAAGAAAGAGCCGAAUGGUGUGACAGAGAGAAGCAGGGAGGGAGAGGCCGACAGAAUGGGAGGACAAUGAGCGUGAACAUGGAGGACUUUUUGACCCUGGUCAGCUGAGCUGCUUUACUCAGAGUGAGAGGUGGGCUUUUACCCCCUGAGCCAUAGUCAUAUAUUUUAGAGGACAUGCACAAGCACGCACACACACACACACACACACACACACACACACACACUUUCUCACAUAAACACACUCUCAUACAGACAAACACACACACACAUACAAAGACUUCCUCACAUAAACACACUCUCAAACAAACACACACACACAGACAUGACACACACACAGACACACACAGACACAGACACACACACACACACACACACACACACACACACACACACACACACACACACACACACACAGGGACAUUUCCUAUUUUCCAGGGACAUGAUUCAGAUGUUCCAGUACCUCCCUCUGCUGUUGGUUCAGACCCUACUCCCCUCGUUAUAUUAAACACGAGGUGACUACGGGGUCACCCAAGCUCAAUCUCAAUCUCAAUCUCAGUUUGUGUCUCAGAAUAUUCCUCUUUACUUCUUUUGCUAAUGUCAAACAAAUGUCAGAGUUGGACGAUGGGGAUUGAGUAUGUUUAGCCAAAGUUGUGUGUGCCGUUGUGUUUCAGGUUCCUGCCUUAAGAGACAGGCUGCUGGAUCAAAACUCUUAAAGCAGACGAUUGCUGAUCAGAUUUAAUUUACAGAACACACACAUAGCACAUGUUAACAUGACACAGAUAAGGACACAUAGCAUAACAGUUAGCAUAUCACCUCUGGUAAACAUGCAGUACACUAGGGUGACCAGAUUGUGUCCUCUUUUUGGUUUGUGAAAAAGCGGACACAAGAGUAAACACUGCCUCAAAAGGCUAUUUAUUAUUUUGUAUUCAUUUGUGAACGAUAGAGAGAAACACAAUGCAAACUCGCUGUAAACACGUUUGAGGCGCUAAAAGAACAAAAUCCUGGACGAUUUUUAGGUCUCAAAAAAAGGACAUGUCCUGGAAAAAAGUUAACAUCUGGUCACCCUAAGUAAACAUAUGAUAACAAUCAGUAUUAGCGAGAGGCCUGCUCCUCUUAAAUGCUCUGGUUCUGAAAGAGACCCGGGUCGUACCAGCGCCAGGUCCGUCUCAGUGAGUUUCUGUCCGGUUUGUGCUAAUCAAGUCGUGUCACUACUACUGAAACUCUUUGACACUGGGCCAGCGCUUUCAUUCAUCUGAAGUGCAGUGAGCAGGAGGUGGGCAGAAUGUGUGUGUGGCUGUCCAGCCUGCAGAUCAGGAGCGGAUGCCUUGUGUAAAGCAGCGUCGUCAGGAGGUGGGCAGAAUGUGUGUGUGGCUGUGCAGCCCGCAGAUCAGGAGCGGAUGCCUUGUGUAAAGCAGCGUCGUCAGGAGGUGGGCAGAAUGUGUGUGUGGCUGUGCAGCCCGCAGAUCAGGAGUGGAUGCCUUGUGUAAAGCAGCGUCGUCAGGCCUAUAGCAGCAUGUGCUCCACUAGCAGGUGAAGGUGCAGACUGUGGUUGCCAUCCCAGACAUUUUAUGAAUCAAAUUCAGCACAUUGCUCCUCAUUGUCUGUGUUUAAUCAGACCAACUCAUAACUCAUAACUCAUAACUCAUAACUCAUAACUCGUCCUGUGCUUGUACUCAGUCUGGGAGCAAAGCAAACGUAGCGGGGUCAGCAAGAGCGGAAAGCGACCAACGCCGGUCGUCACGGUGUUUCAGGAGCACGGAAGCGAAGGGUGUAGUUUGACUGUCUGUUGAGGUCAAAUUUCAACGACCUUUCGCAAAAUGGAAACCCAAAACCACAGGCUGCAUCUUUAACUUCCAGUCUUAUUUAACUGUCAGCGAUCAAGUCAUUUUUAAGAGGUGCUUCCAA